CUACUCAAACUGGCAUUCAAAUAAAAUAAACUGUUUCGGCGCGUUCUACACUGUGUGCCUGUAAAUCGUGUCGGUCUGGGUAUCUUGUAUUAGAUCAUUGUUAGUGUGAAUUUGUUAUCAUAUUUUAUAAUACACUUUGGGGUAAAUAUUUGCGUGCAGUGCACAAAAAUAAGCCUGAGCAAUCAAAAGAAGCAAGCAGGCUGAGCAGAUAUAGAAAACUAAAAUAAACGAGUCAGCCUAAAAAAGGUAAAACUGAAAAAAUGGCCGCAAAACCCGAGGAUAAGAGCACGGAUAUACCUGAUCGUCUUUUUGACUCUAAUCACCGUAAGACCUAUAAGCGUAUGCGCUUUUUCGGUAAGGGUGGAUUUGCUAAAUGUUAUGAAAUAAUUGAUGUGGAGACCGACGAUGUGUUUGCUGGCAAGAUUGUGUCCAAGAAGCUUAUGAUAAAGCACAACCAGAAAGAGAAGACGGCUCAGGAAAUAACUAUUCACCGCAGUCUAAACCAUCCAAAUAUUGUAAAAUUUCACAGCUAUUUUGAAGAUGUUCAGAAUAUCUACAUUGUGCUGGAGCUGUGCAAGAAACGCUCGAUGAUGGAGUUGCACAAGCGCCGUAAAAGUAUUACAGAGUUUGAAACCCGCUAUUACAUAUACCAAAUAAUACAGGGUGUCAAGUAUCUUCACGACAAUCGUAUCAUUCAUCGUGAUCUCAAGUUGGGCAAUCUAUUUUUAAAUGACAUGUUGCAUGUGAAGAUUGGUGAUUUUGGACUAGCAACACGUAUUGAGUACGAGGGUGAACGCAAGAAAACAUUAUGCGGCACUCCUAACUAUAUUGCACCAGAGAUCCUGACAAAGAAGGGUCACUCGUUUGAAGUGGAUAUCUGGUCAAUUGGUUGCGUUAUGUAUACGUUGUUAGUUGGUCAGCCGCCUUUCGAAACGAAAACAUUGAAGGACACUUACUCAAAAAUAAAAAAAUGCGAGUAUCGCGUGCCGAGCUACUUAAGAAAACCGGCUGCGGAUAUGGUAAUUGCAAUGCUACAACCUAAUCCAGAAAGUCGUCCUACAAUAGGACAGCUCCUGAAUUUUGAGUUUCUUAAGGCGACACAAGUGCCAGUGUUUUUGCCCAGCUCUUGCCUAACAAUGGCGCCACGAAUCGGCAUUAACGAUACUAUAGAGGACCCUACUCAGCGUAAGCCGCUGGCGGAAUAUAAUGGUCUGCGAGAUGAUACUCGUUUAGAGUCGACGUUUUUGAAGAAUAAUUUACACGACGCAAUUACAGCGUCGGCUCAGGUUUGUCGUCAUAAUGAAGACUAUCGUAGCGAUAUUGAGAGCUUGCAUCAGCAGCUGACGAAGCUUAUUAAUGAUAAGCCGCGUUUACUGCAAGGAAAUCUUGGCGAUGAGAAUACCGAUCCUGCAGCCCAGCCGUUAUUUUGGAUUUCAAAGUGGGUCGACUAUAGUGAUAAAUACGGUUUUGGCUAUCAGCUGUGUGAUGAGGGCAUCGGAGUUAUGUUCAAUGACACCACAAAACUCAUUUUGUUGCCUAAUCAACUAAACGUGCAUUUCAUUGAUAAGGAAGGUAAAGAGUCCUAUAUGACUACGACAGAUUACUGCAAGUCACUGGAUAAAAAGAUGAAACUGCUGUCAUAUUUUAAACGAUAUAUGACUGAACAUCUGGUAAAGGCAGGGGCCAAUAAUGUUCCUGAUGAAAACGAUCAAAUUUCUCGAAUGCCUCAUCUUCAUUCCUGGUUUCGGACGACUUGUGCAGUGGUUAUGCAUUUAACCAAUGGCUCUGUUCAGCUUAACUUUUCGGAUCAUAUGAAAAUAAUUUUAUGCCCCCGUAUGAGUGCCAUCACCUACAUGGAUCAUGAGAAAAACUUUCGCACAUAUCGAUUUUCAACUAUCGCCCAAAACGGAGUUUCCAAGGAUCUAUACCAAAAGAUACGUUAUGCUCAUGAGAAACUCAGGAAAAUGCUUGAGAAGAUGUUUGUUUGAGCAU